AUGCCCAAUUCAUUUGACAGUGACAGGUCUAUUGUUUAUCUAAUUUUAUUUAUUUUGUUCUUGAUCUGCAACAAAAUGCAAUUCACAUGAGAAGUGAAAAAUUAAACUUUUCAUCUAUGCAUCAGCAUCCGAGUGUCACAUUAUAAAACAUGAAUUUUACGAAACUCUCCAAAAAUGGUCUAUUUUUAGCAGUAGUACAAAAAAAAUUAUAAGCUCCACUUGAACUAAAUUAAGCAACAAAAUGAACAAUGAACGCAAAUCGAUGUUCAGAGAUAUUUACAAGAGACAGUACAGCGGUAACAGAACGAAAACUUAUGAAAUAGCAAAAGGCGAUGAGAGCUUCGUUCAAAGAUUGGGCCUCAUCAGGAACAUGCUCAUCCACCAAGGGUGUGUUAAUUCAAUCUGUUGGAAUGACACUGGGGAGUAUAUUUUGUCCGGAUCGGAUGAUCAACAUUUAGUAAUCACAAAUGCUCACGAUGCCAACGUCAAGGAGUGUUACCGCACUAGUCACCGAGCUAAUAUAUUCAGCGCCAAGUUCCUGCCUUGCACUAGUGAUAAUCAGAUCGUUUCUUGUUCUGGAGAUGGAAUAAUAUUGCACACGGAUCUGAACAGGCCCGACGAAUCAUGCAAUAAUCAGUUUCAUUGCCACGGAGGAACCACCACCUAUAAAGUUGUAACUAUUCCAAACGAGCCCUUCACUUUUGUCAGUUGUGGGGAAGACGGCACUCUUCGAGGGUUCGAUUUGCGAACCAAAUCUAGUUGUUUCAAACCUCGUUGCAAAGACGACAUACUCGUGUCGGGUUCCAAUGCUGUUACAGCACUCGCCAUCAAUCCGAUGUCUUCUCACCAACUAGCUGCAGGUUGUUCCGAUUCCACCGUUCGUAUCUACGAUAGAAGAUUUCUGGGAACCCAACCUGGAGAUCACUUCAAAGCUCAGCCUUUCUGCGCCUUCUUGCCACCGCAUUUCGGAACGAACCCGCACAGCAGAAUCACCUCUCUGAAUUUCAGCGGGAACGGAGAAGACAUGCUGGUCAGCUAUUCCUCCGAAUAUUUGUAUCUGUUCACCGUGCAGGAUAAAAACACGGUGCAGUUCAAGAAGCCUAUUAGAAAAUUGACGCCAUGGGAGAAACUCAGAGCAGCGACCGGGAAGAGGGAGAGAAUGUCUCCUCCGCCCGUGAGGAGAUUGAGGUUGAGGGGGGAUUGGUCAGAUACGGGGCCGGAUGCCAGGCCAGAGAGGGACAAUACCACUACCGUCAAUCGUCUUCCGGUCAGGAGCCUUCGUCGUCGAACCCCGAAAACCUCAACCGCUCCACGAUAACGAGCCACCUGCACAACCAUUUGACGGCGCUCCGGAAUCUCCGGGAGGGUUUUAUCGAACAGCACGGCGCCGAACCUUCCGUCAGCUUCAGGUACUCGCAGCAGAGCACCUCGAACUCCACCAUUAGUCUCAGGGUCGGCAGGGAGGUCAACAGGACGUUCGGAGAGGACGUUCUUACUGCACCUUCCACUUCUGAAGGCGCUGCAGUCUCUGCCACAUCGGAGCCGAUGAACGUUGACUCUGAAGACCUCGCCAAAAACGUAGAAGAAGAUAAAUUAGAAAGAAGAGAAAAGAAAAGUGAAGAGCACUUUAUACACGAGGCCGAGGUAAAAAUGAAGUACAUUGGUCAUAGAAACUCGAGGACGAUGAUCAAGGAGGCGGCCUUCUGGGGCGACGACUACGUCAUGUCCGGCUCGGACUGCGGCCACGUCUUCAUCUGGAAUCGCGAGACGGCCGCCGUGAAGAUGCUGCUUCAGGCCGAUAAACACGUCGUGAACUGUCUCCAGCCGCACCCGACGCUUCCUUUACUCGCCACCAGCGGGAUCGACCACGACGUCAAGGUGUGGGGUCCCAUCCUGGAGGAGCCGUCCUUUGACGAGGUGAUGUCUGCCGACUUAAUUAAUCGCAACGCAAUAAUGCUGGAAGAAACCAGAGAUACGAUUACUGUUCCCGCUGCCUUCAUGAUCAGAAUGCUCGCGGCCCUCAACCAGAUCAGGAGAGGGGCACGAAACAGACCGCCUCGCAGAAGAGAAGAAGAGGAAGGUUAAUGCUUUUUUUUCGCAGAUUUCACGCGUUUUGGGUUCUUAUUUCCGAUACUGUGAUAUUAUUUUGUUGUCGUUAUUCAAUGAAGUUCUAGAUGUCCGUAGACUGAACGGGUCGCCUGUUUGUUGCAAAAUGCUGCGGACAGAUGGCGCUGCGGGAAUGAGCAAUGCGGAAAAUUUUCAAAGCGAUCUUCGACAAACUUUUCAUCGUGUUUAUGACAGCAGUUUUGAAAGCAACACUGGACCAUAUCGGAUGGAGAAGCACAUGUAUUUUUCUGAGUUGGAUACCCUGUUAUUUGUCAUUAAUGUCAGUUGUCGUGUCAAUUGUCCAAGUUCAACUGAAUAUUAUGAAGACUAAAAGUAUGAUUACAAUGUAAAAAACUGUCAGACAGGAAAUGAAACUCGAAAACGGACAAUACAAACGUCAACUGAUAUGACAACUGACACUAGUGACGAACACACAGUGUUA